GACUUCCAUUUUGUUAAUUGGUUGCUAACAUUCAAACUGAAAUGUUUGAAUUUAAAUGGUUCAGAGACCUGAGGGAUGCCUCUCCUGAGAGGCUCGGCUUACAGCAGGUAACAACCUGCAGGAAGCAAGGCUAAGCUGAUGAGGAGGGCUGAACAUCACAUCAUGUCACAAACUGCUGACACAGAGCCUCCAAGAUGGCCCAUAGCUCCAGAUGGAUAUAUCCCAAACUCUGUGAUCCGAAGCUGGAAGCGGAAGGGAAAGGGAUUUGCCAAGAUGGACUCUUGUAAUGACAACUUCUCAGCUCUUCUUUACAUGGAUGAAGCAAGUGAUGAGGAUGAGGAUAUGAACUCAAGAAUCUUCUGGCUCACAGAUGAUGAUGAAGAGGAAGAAAAGGAAGAGACAGAAAAGGAGGAUGAGAAAAAGAAUAAGAAACAAAAGGUGGAAAAAACUGAGGUGGGGGUAAAGGCAAGGGAGGAUGAGAAGAAAGAAAAGAAACAAGACAAGAUGGAUAGAAGUGUUUCUAGACCGAUUGCCAUUCACGAAAAUGAACAUCAACCGCUGAGAGAGCUGAGGGAGGAUGUGAAGCUUCCUGAAACUAUUACACCUCCACAAAAGUAUGUGUCUGUGACCAAUAAACAGACACCGUUCACUUCAUUAAUAAAGAAAAGAAGGAUGACAAGAUGGAUAGAAGUGUCCUUGCAAAGCAGUCCUACAACUCCAGUGGUCCUCCAGUGGAAAGAUCUGCGGUAUCUGCCGAUACUGUCAUCCCAAAACAAGAACUCAGGGCAUCUUUGUACAUACCACCUACAGAGCCCACAAACUUGACUUCUCAUCCCCUGAUGGCUCCCCCUCCAAGCCAAGAGAAACCUCAACCCCAACCAAUCACAGAUAAAAGGUUCCUUCUGUCUUCAACCAAAUACAGCAACAUUAAAAAACAAGAACAGCUGCCCCUUGACCGAAAAGUCUUGGAUCUCUUUAAGAAGAUCAAAACGAGUUCAUGCCUUGGAAAACUGUCAACCACUGCUCAGCGCCCUCCUGCUUCUAAGGGCAGACACUCCUCCGUUCAGACUAAUACUGGGAGGGUCAGUAUGAAAGGGUCUGAAUUUAGGUCAACACCAUCCACUAUUCAAACUCAUUCUGUUAGAAAUAUCAGUCCUGAAUGUCCCAAUCACCCACUCUGUUCUGAUUACCCUGCACAAUCUGCUCAAACUGCUACGGCUGCUACAGAGCAUCCAGUCAUGUCUGGUCAACUUGCAGCAACCAUCACCUCACAUCUGAGGGUGGUACAAAACAUUCAGACAAAAGACACCCUAGAGCUGGGCUCUUUUCAUUUCCACCAUGUGAUCCCGUUGCCUUCCAGACACAGCUUCAUCACUUCGAAUCCCUGUGGAAAAACUCUAUAUGGAAGGCUGCAGUUUGACUGGAUAAGGGAACCUGAGGGCGACAAGUUGUUGUUAGUGUCGGGGGUUAAGAUCAAGCAUACUGCUCACAAGGUUUCAGUGAAAACAGGACUUUGAGCCAUCUUAAUAAAUCUGCUUAACAACUAA